AGCGCCGCGGGGGCGUCCGCGCCGCCGCUCCCGCCCCGGCCCCACGGCUCGGCCCUGCUGCCGCCGCCAUGAGCGGCCCCUACCCGGAGGAGAGCUGCGCCGAGCGCCCCGAGUGCAAAAGUAAAUCGCCAACUUUGCUGUCCUCCUACUGCAUCGACAGCAUCCUGGGCCGGCGGAGCCCCUGCAAGGUGCGGCUGCUCGGUACUGCGCCCACCCUGCCCGCCAUCGCCGCCCGUCCCGACACCGACAAGACCGCGCAAGGGUCCCCUAAGGCCAGUCCCCCCUUCGAGCCGGCCGAGCUGCACCUUCCCCCCAAACUGCGCCGGCUUUACGGGCCGGGCGGGGGCCGGCUGCUGCCGCCGCGGGCGGCGGGGCCGCGGGGGGACCGGACGGAGGGGCGACCGGAGGGGGGCGCGGGCCCCGUGCCCGCUGCCGCCCCAUGGGACACGCUGAAGAUCAGCCAGGCGCCCCAGGUCAGCAUCAGCCGCAGCAAAAGCUACCGUGAAAACGCGCCCUUCGUGGCACCGCCGCCCGCCCGGGACGAGCUGGGCAGCCCCGCCGCACACGUCGAGGAACGGCCGGGCCCUGCCGCGCCGGCCGCGGAGGAGGAAGAAGAGGAAGAGGACGAAGAGAUGCUGGAGGAGGACGAGGACGAGGAGGAAGAGGAGCUGGAGGACGACGAGGAGGAGGAGCUGCUGGGCGAGGACGGCGGGGGGCUGCUGAAGGAUGCCCGCCGGGGCGCCACCGCGGCCCCCGGGGCGGAGGGCGGGGAUCUGUCCCCCAAGGAGGAGCUGCUGCUGCACCCCGAGGAUGGCGAGGGCAAGGACGGCGAGGAGAGCGUCUGCCUCUCGGCCGGCAGCGACUCCGAGGAGGGGCUGCUCAAGAGGAAGCAGCGCCGCUAUCGUACCACCUUCACUAGCUACCAGCUGGAGGAGCUGGAGAGGGCCUUCCAGAAAACCCACUACCCCGACGUCUUCACCAGGGAGGAGCUGGCCAUGAGGCUCGAUCUGACAGAAGCCCGAGUGCAGGUAUGGUUCCAGAACCGUAGGGCUAAGUGGCGGAAGAGGGAAAAGGCUGGGGCUCAGACACACCCCCCAGGUUUGCCUUUCCCUGGUCCCCUGUCAGCAACUCACCCCCUCAGUCCAUACCUUGAUGCUAGUCCUUUCCCUCCUCAUCACCCAGCUCUAGACUCCGCCUGGACCGCCGCCGCCGCCGCGGCCGCCGCCUUCCCCAGCCUGCCGCCGCCGCCCCCCGGCUCCGCGGCGCUGCCCCCCGGCGGGACCCCGCUCGGCCUCGGCACCUUCCUGGGCGCGGCCGUGUUCCGCCACCCCGCCUUCAUCAGCCCCGCCUUCGGCAGGCUCUUUUCCACCAUGUCCCCCCUGGGCAGCGCCUCCAGCGCCGCGGCCCUGCUGCGGCAGCCGGCGCCGGCCGCCGAGGGCGCGGUGGGCUCGGCGGGGCUGGGGGACCCGGCCAGUGCCGCCGCCGACCGGCGGGCGUCCAGCAUCGCCGCCCUGCGGCUGAAGGCCAAGGAACACGCCGCCCAGCUCACCCAGCUCAACAUCCUCCCCGGGAACAGCACGGGGAAAGAGGUGUGCUAAGGCACGGCUGCCGUCCGCGGGGUGCGGGUUAGGGUUUUUUUAGGGGGGAAAGUAAAAAGAGGGGGAGAAGAGGAGAGUAAAUACGCGAAUCAAUAAAGGUCACCUCAGACAGCAUGAAUCAAGACCAAACGGGGGGAAAAAUAAUGACGAUUUUUUAAAAAGAGGACCAGCAGCUGAGACUGUAGUAGGUCCUCAAGUUAGGAACUUGGGGAAGGUGAAUGCCUCUAGCAUCAUCCCUCACACGAGUGAAACGACACUUAAAACCUCCUGAAUAAGUAACUCCUUGGCUGGUACAUUUCUUAAAUGUACGACGUGUCCAUUUCCUCUAUGAACAUAAGGGGGGAAAAAGUGAAAAAAAAAAAAAAAAAAAAAAAAGAGAAAAAACCCUAAUAAAAGUUACUAUAUAUUAGCGUUUCGUACACUAAAUAUUUUUCCUUCUGUUCAUCUGGCAAGAAAAAAAAAGAGAAAGUAAUAGAAUGGUAAUUAAGAAA